GUUUCUGAUAGUAUAUGAAUAGCAGGAGCGGCGUUGAAAUUGGAAGUGAUAGGUUGUCGAACGCGGUUUCUGAUGGUGAAACGACAGAUCCAUUUCGAGGCGAGUACUGUGCUGUGUCUGCGCCGUGUCAGGAGUGAGAUGCUGCUUGCUGGUCGACUGUUGCUUCAUUGUGGUCGAUCGAACUGCAGAGAAGGAUACUGUGCCUCACGAGGUAUGGAGGUAUUUAGUCCAAUACGCUGCAGUGCUUGACGGCAUAGAAAUUUUCAUCAACCGGACUUGCUUGUUUUGAGCUGGAAUCAUUGCCCUUCUCUGUCGUUGAAUAUGACUUCGUUCUACGGAGAGUGGCCGGCAAAGAACGAGACCCUGGAGGUUGGGAUCGACGAUGUGGACAUCCUUAUACACGGCACUGACUCCCAGUUCAAGGCGAUCGGUACGAAGGGCCUCAAUGCUUGUACCUGUGUCGUUAUCUUGGGCGAAUCAGCAAUCAUCCUAGCGCAUAUAUCGCCAUAUCCUGGAGACUUUGACGCCAAUACAAGCGAGGAUCUUCCGCAGCUCAGCUACCUCCAUCAUGAAUCAUCUUUGACUGCGAUCACAAACCUAAUGGAAAGGCACAUGGAACAUUUUCCACCGUCGACCACCGCAUGGGGCGUUUUUGCAACCAAUCAAGAGUCUGGCCCAAUGCAGUCAGUUAUUGACCAAGUUCGGGAUAGCCUUGAAGCAGUGAAUGUGGACAUGAGAUCGGUGUUGUAUCAGGAGGCAGAUGUACAGAACAUCUUGUUCCGCAAAGGAGAGAUCGUCAGCUCUUUCACCGAGGACAACAAGCCGCAACUCAUCUUAGAGAGGGCGAAAUUGUGGCCGCAGAUCGAGGAUUUCUCUCAAUCGUCCACGCUCGAAUCUUGGAUUGCCGUCCCAUCAGCUGCGGGACUUUCGGCUGCUGGACCUGCAAUGUGGUCUGCUACAUCUCGAGCACUCCCACAGAUGCUCUCGCCGCAGGCCUGGAGCGGUUAUCCAUUGCGAACGACCGAUGAGGGUGCUACAAUGAUGAGUUGUAUUAUCUUUGGCCUCAGCAUGGAGGUGGCUGCAGUUUGGCUGCCAGCGACAAGUGUCCUACCGAUGAUUUGGAUUUGCAACAAUUGGUUGCAGACAGAGACGCGCCCAGAUGACAAUGUGCUGGCGGUACGCGCCCUGAAUGGCGCUUUGGUUCGGAUAGAGAGGCCGAUGGCAUGGGCACUAUUUCAUUAUUGGAUCUUGUAGUCUGCUACGUCGAGGCUGAGUGAGUUGGAUGCUGAGAUGAAACACAAGGUGUCGGGAAAAGGUGCCGGGAAAAGGAAUGUUUGGAACCAAAUGCAGUGGGUAGAGUAGCUCGAGAUGUCUUGGCAUUGAUAGGGUCCCAAUCGAAGUAGCGUCAAGACUCAUACAUGUAGCUGAAGGUGUUGUGCGGCCUUGUAGAUGCAUGAAUGGUAAACUAUUUAAGGUAGAGGUCCAAAGUAGCAGGUACAAGGUUCCUGCCAGAGGCGCUUGCAGAGGGUCCUACGG